CCAGAGAGCACCUUGCGGCCUUUGGAGCGCUAGGAACUACAUUACCCAGAAGACCGUGCGCUCAGUUGAGAAAGUGGCGGAUGAGGGCAAAAGCAUUUCCGCCAAUGGGGACGCGACUUCCGGCAUCGUCCUGCUCGGGGCCCCAUUCGCUGCUCAUCCGAGUCUUUGCCGCCUUGGAGCCGCCGUGUGUGGAUUUUCCAGCGGCGGGAGGCAGGAGGCGACACGGAGUCCCGGUCCCCGCCGCUGCCACACGCGAGGGCGAGGCUCGGCGACCCCGCGAGGGUCCCGCGUCUCUCCUCGCCCGCCGCCCCGCCCGCAGGUCCGAUGGCGGCGGCCGCGCCGAGGCGCCCGGCUGAGGCCGCGGUGACCUUGGAGGACGUGGCCGUGCGUUUCUCUCGGGAAGAAUGGAGGCUGGUGGACGAGGCCCAGAGACGCCUGUACCUGCGUGUGAUGCUGGAGAACUUUGCCCUCGUGUCCUCUCUGGGUUGCUGCUGUGGAGCGGACGACGCGGAAGCACACGGGGAACAGAGGGUUUCUGAGGGCGUGUCGCAGGGGAAGAGUCCCAAGGCAGCCUCGUCUUCCCAGGAGAGACACCCCUGUGGGCGCUGCGGGCCGGUCCUGAGGGACGUUUUCCGCCUGGUCGAGCAGCAGGGGACGCAGCACGGCCAGAAGCUGCUGCAGUGCGGGGCGUGCGCAAAGCGGUUUUAUUUCCGUGUAAACUGUCACCCCCCUGAGGAGCAGCCCAUGGAAGAGGAACCCUUUGGAAGUAGUGCCGAAAUGGCCAUAUUCACAAAAAGCUGCAGCAUCCACAUUUCCGGGAAGACCUUUACCUCUGAGCAGGGUGAGAGGGACUUCCUGCCCAGCUUGGGACAGCAGCAGCAGCAGCAGCAGCAGCAGCAGCUGACUCAGAAAUCCAAGGAGCCAAAGGAGGGCACCCAGUGGGAGGCACCUUCACAAAGCAGAGCAAGUCCUGACCCUCCAGGGAAAUGCAAAAAGGCCUUUAACCCCAAACGCCUGCUUGUUCCGUACCAGGAUGUCGAUCCUGCAGGACAGUGUUUUGUGUGCAGUGAGUGUGGAAAAAUAUUCAGGCACAGAUCCUCAUUAGUUAGGCACUGCAGAAUCUACACUGGAAAAAGUACUUAUGUGUGUGGCAAAGUUGGAAAAACCUUUAGUAGAAGCUCAGCCCUCAGUCAGCAUCGAAAAAUUUCUGCAUGUCCAAGGCAGUACAAGUGCAGCAAAUGUGGAAAAUCCUUAAGCCACAAAACUGUCCUCUUUAAUACCCAGGAACAACACAACGGGGAAGACAGUUAUGUGUGCAGCACGUGUACACAACUGUUCAGUCAUCGUUCAGUGUCCGUUGAAUACCCGAACGUUCAAAUGCGAGAGAAACCUUAUAAGUGUAAGGACUGUGCAAAAUCGUUUACCUCUGUCACUUCGCUUCGUUAUCAUCAGCGCUCUCACACAGGAGAAAGACCUUAUGGGUGCAGUGAUUGUGGGAAAUCUUACAUCUCUAGGACCGCCCUCCGUUACCAUCAGAAAAUUCACACUGGAGAAAAGCCACACGAGUGCAGUGAGUGUGGCAAGUCCUUUCCCCAGAGAAGCCACCUCCUUAGACACCUUGUAAGUCAUUCAGGGUACAAGCCUUAUAAGUGUGGCGAAUGUGGGCAGUCUUUUACUACCCGCUCCAGCCUCCGCUGUCAUCAUAGAAUUCACACUGGAGAAAGGCCUUAUAACUGCAGUGAGUGUGGGAACUCCUUUAAGGAUAGGUGGACACUUGUGAAACACCAAAGAAUCCACACAGGAGAAAGGCCUUAUGAGUGCAGUGAAUGUGGGAAUUCUUUUAUCUCUGUAUCUGCAUUCAAGAGUCAUCAGAAAACUCACUCAGGAGAAAGGCCUUGUAAGUGUAAUGAAUGUGGGAAAUCUUUUAUUAAAACAUAUCACCUCCUUUUACACCAGAGAGUACAUACAGGAGAAAAACCUUAUGUGUGCUCCGAAUGUGGAAAAUCCUUUACUUCUAGCUCCAGCUUCUCCUAUCAUCUGAGAACUCACGCGGGAAAAAGGCCUUAUGAAUGCAGCGAAUGUGGCAAAUCCUUUACAUCUAGUUCCUCCCUCAGUUACCAUCAGAGAGUUCACACAGGAGAAAGGCCUUAUAAAUGCAAUCAGUGUGGGAAAUCUUUUACUUUUAGCUCGAGCCUCCGGUAUCAUCACAGAGUACAUACCGGGGAAAGGCCGUAUGAGUGCAGUGAGUGUGGGAAAACUUUUAACGAUAAGUGGACACUCAUUAAACACCAGGGAAUUCACUCAGGAGAAAAACCUUACGUGUGCACUCAGUGUGGAAAACCUUUUGCAUAUAGCUCGAGCCUCCGUCAUCAUCACAGACUACACACGGGAGAAAGGCCGUAUGAGUGCAGUGAGUGUGGGAAAUCUUUUAACCAGAAGUCGGUCCUCAUUAGACACCAGAGAGUUCACACAGGAGAAAAACCUUACGUGUGCACUCAGUGUGGGAAAUCCUUUCCCUUUAGCUCCGGCCUCUUCUGUCAUGUAAGAACUCACCUGGGAGCAGGGCAUAAUGAAUAUGGGAAGUCCUUGGUGUCUAGUUCCGCCCUCAGUUACCACCGGCGAGUUCACACUGGUGCAAAGCUUUAUGAGUGUGGUGAGUGUGGGAAAUCCUUUACCCAAAAGUACCCUCUCCGUGUGCACCAGCGACUUCACGCUGGAGAAAAGCCCUAUGAGUGUGGGGAUUGUGGGAAAUCCUUUCCCUGUAAGUAUAGACUUCGUUUUCAUCAGAAAGUCCACACGAGAGAGAAGCCCGAGUGUGGCGAAUGUGGGAAAUCGUUUACCACUCUCUAUAGUCUGCACCGCCAUCAGAGAGGACACACUCACAAAGAGCCAUAUGAGUGCAGUGAGUGUGGGAAAUGCUUUCAGUAUCGUCGUAUGCUCCUUAAACACCGUCAGGUUCAUUCUGGAGAAAAGCCUUAUGAAUGCGGUGAGUGUGGGAGACCUUUUACCACCGCCUAUGGUCUUCGUUACCAUCAGAGACUACACACAGGAGAAGGGAUUUGCACCUGCAGCGAAUGUGGGAAGUCUUUUACCAGAACGUCCCACUUUCUCAGGCAUCAGAGAGUUCACACUGGGGAAAGGCCCUCUGAGUGCAGGGAGUGUGGGAAAUGUUUUACCAGAAAGGCUGGUCUUCGUCGUCAUCAGAAACUUCACACUGAGGAAAGGCCAUUAGCGCAAUGAUGGUGGGAAAAGUCUGACCUAUGGCUUUGGACUCCAUUGUCAUAAAAAAUUCACACUGGAGAAGGAGCUUGUGAGUGCACUGAUUGUGGGAAAUCUUCUAUGACGAUCACUCAUCUUCAUGUACAUCAGAGAACACACAGCAGAAAUGCUUUUUGAGUAAUAUGAAUGUGGUUCAUCUAUUAGCCAAAAUUCUAGCCUCUGGGCACGUGAGAUGUGUAGGAUGUGUUAACACUGAGCUUCUGUUGUCUGACUUUUAUCCCAUAAAUUCUGUCCUCAACAGUAAACAGCAGGGAGAGUCCUCCAUAAUUUUACUUCAGUGGGAAACGUACGACUUACGUUAUACUUUCUACCCUGCCCAGGGCUGAAUGCAGAUUUUUUUGUUGUGUUUUUAUUCUUUUUAAAAAAAAAAUUAAAUUAUUAUCUGUGUACAUAUCUUACCAUUGCCCCACCCCCUCUAUUUCUGGUUUUUAUUUUAGGACCAGAAAAUAACUUUAAACAAAAAAACUUAUUAAUCAUGUAUAAUAGCUAAUAAUGAAAUAAUGAAAUGAUUAUAUUAAGUAGCAAGAGCACGUAGUUUUCUAAAUAUUGAGGAACUAGACAAAUCACCUUUAGGUUUUAAUUUUUUUAUAAUACUAACCAUGAAAAGUAUUUUAAAACUAUCUCCAGUGCCAUCUUCUAUUUAAAUAAAAUAUUCCUCCUCCCCCAAAAAAUACAAUAUUGUUAAACAUUAUAAAAUUAACUCACUGAAUACUCUUUUAGAACUUAAAAACUAGGGGUUUAAAAAACAAGCAUUUAAAUAAUUUUCAUUUUUAUAAACUAUACCAAAGAGUUGACCUUCAAAGAAAAGGUAUUAAUAUUCAGUUUAAAGCCCCCUUUAAGUCUAUCAAGAAAAAAUUCAAGGUGUUUCCCCUUUUAUGCUUAAGGUACACAUUUUCUUUAACAACGUGAGAGCUUUCAGAGCAUAAAUGUCACCAAAACCGGUUUGCCUCAGUGGAUAGAGCGUCGGCCUGUGGACUGAAGGGUCCCAGGUUCGAUUCCAAUCAAGGGCAUGUACCUUGGA